UGAAGUUGGGAGACGUCGUUGAAUUGCUUCACACCCGCCGUGCAGAUCAUCGUCCUUGUCGUCGUUUCGUUCGUCCGACCUGCACGCCUGGCUGUGCCACCAACGCCUAAACACCCGACCUGACCUGUGGCCUUCUCCAGAGGCAGAUCAACGCCCCUUCACCUGCUCCAAGGCUCCACGACCGUCGCAGGCGGCACAGCAUAGGCCGUACGCAACGAAGGCUCUCGAGCCAUGUAGUCGCUCCUUCACGUGCACCAUCACGCAUUCGUCCCAUUCUUACCCUCAUUGAAUCUUGACACUUGGUCUAUCUCAUUGUCUGACAGUCCACGUGACUGCACUUUCCUUUCUCGCGCUUUGUCUUGCUGUCGGGCUCUCCUCACGGACGGCUGGCUGUCUGCUGACAGAGGGAGACGCACACGGCACCGCCGCAUCCCCACACCACUUGCUAUAUACCUAUAUAUAUAUCUCCAUCGCAGCCAUGGACCCGGAAUCACAGAACCGGGAGGAGCGUGAGGAGCUGCUAGCCGGGCAUGGCGGCGAGCAUGAGCCCACGCGGACCCGCCGCGCCGCGCCUCCGGCCCCGGUCAAGCGGCUCUCGGCGCCCGUGAUGAUGGCCGUGUGCGCCGUGUCGAUCCUCGCGCUGGUGGGCUUCGCCAUGCCGUUCUGGGCAACGACCCAGUCGAACCCGCCGACGUCGUCGUCGGGCGGGUCCAGCGCCGUGGGCAUCUCGACGCGGCCCGCCGGGACCGGGACGGCAGUGGCGGUGACGACGACGGCGGCCCCCAGCACGACGACCGCCGCCAAGGUCAGCAGCCCGACGGACAUGAUCCCCAAGGAUGAGUUCUUUAAUCUGGACGUGAGCAAGUCGGGCUUCGUGGUGGAGAACAAGCCGCGGGCGCGCGAGUACGAGUUCAACAUCACGCGGGCGCUAGGCGCGCCCGACGGCGUGGUCAAGCCCAUGAUCCUGGUCAACGGGCAGUCGCCCGGCCCGACGGUCGAGGCAAACGUGGGCGACGCGAUCCGCGUCAUCAUGUACAACUCACUCGAGAACGAGACGGCCACCAUCCACUGGCACGGCAUCGACCAGCGCAACACGGUCUGGAUGGACGGCGUGCCCGGGGUGACGCAGUGCGGGAUCCCGCCGGGCAAGAGCUUCGUGUACGAGUUCACGGUGCCCAACCAGCGCGGCACCUUUUGGUACCACGCGCACGUGUCGGUCCAGUACACGGACGGCCUGUACGGCGCCAUCGUCAUCCACGACCCGGACGAGAAGGUGGCCGAGCACCACGACGACCGCCUCGUCUUCAUGGGCGACCUGCACCACCAGUACAGCGGCGACCUCCUAACGCAGUACCUAAGCAAGUCGCCGAGCUACGCGCCCGGCUCCGCGGGGACGGAGCCGUACCCGGACAACAUCAUCAUCAACGGCCAGCACCUCUCCAACUGCACCAAGCCGUCCUCGGACGAGGCCACCGCCUUCACGGGUGAGGGGUGCUCCGGCGGGUCGCGGCACGUGGCGCGCGUCGAGGCCGGCAAGACGGUGCGGCUGCGCCUCAUCAGCCACAGCUCCAACACGCCCUUCCUCUUCACCGUCGACGGCCACGUGCUCGAGAUGGUCGAGAUGGACGGCGUCGAGAUCCAGCCCGUCCAGACCACGGUAGUCUUCCUGAAUCCCGGCCAGCGAUACUCGGUGCUCGUAAAGGCCGACAGGGCCCCCGGCAACUACCUGAUGCGCGCCGUGGCCACGUGCGCCAUGCUCGACAACAGCCCGGGCUCGAACCUCGGCACGGUCGGGUCCCAGGGCACCGCCGUCUUCUCGUACGGCGAGGGCGUCGACCCCAAGGGCCCGCUCGUGGUCCUGAACGACUCGACAAAGGCCUCGGUCGCCCAGGAGCCCUGGGCCAAGCGCUGCCGCGACCUACCCUUUGACCUGACCAAGCCGGUGCGCGAGAUCGACGCGUACAACGUCGGCGAUGGGAAUAAGCACUCGUUCUUGUUUAAGUUUGUCGAGGACGAGCAGGGUGUCCAGCGCACCGUCAUCAACGACACCAUCUACUCGGACCUCCCCAGCGGCGCCACGCUCUGGCAGGUGCCGCAGCAAGACAUGAAGCAGCAAAACAUGAAUUCGUCGGAGCCCAAGUGGGCGUGGAAGCCCGAGCAGCACGUCUUCGUGUCGCGCGACGAGGCCAUGGGCGCGCAGGUGGCCAUCAGCGCCGGCAACAUGAUGGGCCACCCCUGGCACCUGCACGGGCAGCAGUUCCAGGUCGUGGGCUGGGGCAAGGGCAUAUAUGGCAAGCGCGAGACGACGUGGAACUUCAAGAACCCGGUCCGCCGCGACACCGUCACGGUGCCGGGCCACUCGCACGUCGUCAUCCGCUACGUCGCCGACAACCCGGGCGUCUGGGCCCUGCACUGCCACAUCCAGUGGCACGCCGAGGGCGGCAUGUUUGUGCAGACGGCCCAGCGCCUGACCAAGCUCCAGGACAUGCUCAGGGACCUGCCAGGCUUUGGCGACAUCAAGUACCGCUACUGCGGUCCGACCCCACCCCGGUCCAUCGAUGGCCGUUAGCGACGGGAGGAUGGCCGAUAUCGUGGGUCGGUGGUGGGGUUGCCUGAGGAGGUGUGAUUGAUCUGGCUCGGCUUCGCGGCGGAAGACGCCCCUGGGCCGCUGGCCGGCUCGUUGACAGCCGAAGCUCCUCGCCAUAUUUGUACAUAGAGCAUCGUUUUAUUUUUUCUCAGAAGCAUGUUAUAUCUAUAUAGACCUUUAUUCACUUUUUCAACUAGCCGGCUCCUCCUA